AUGGCAAGACUGGUUCUGCUGUUCCUGCUUGCCGUAUCAGCUGUCGCAGACUUGGAAGGACAGAUUUUGAACUUCCCCAAUGAGGAUCCAUCCGAGACGCAGUGCGGCCCCUCUUUUUGUUUCGACCGCCAGACGGCAAACUGCUUCCAGAAACUGCCAGCCGAUGUGUGCAUGAGGGCAGUUUACAUGUGCGUGAGGUACAUGUUCACGGAUACCAAACCAGAAGAGUUCUGUGAUAAAGAGCGGACGAACGGAAACUCCGCCGUGGUUGACGCCCUGGCCACAUCGGACUCCAAGACGGAGAAGAUGCAGCAUACGCCCUUGCCGGAGGCCAUCUGGUUGAUGUCGCUUAUUCUUUUCGGAUUCGGCCUCAUCAUCAAGCAUAUCUUGGCUCAGCCCAAGAAGGAGAUUGCCGGACUGAAAAUGCCACUGCUAUGCGACGCGGUGUAA